UGUCUGCCCCAGCUGGAUCACUGCUCCUGUGUUCAUAGUUGCCAACUGCAGAUCCCUGCGAAGAGAAUGUUCCAGACCAGAACUGUGAUCAUGAUGGCCCUCUCCCUGGCUUCCCUGUUGAAUGUCCAACGAGGGGUGGCAGCCAUCAAGGCAGACCAUGUGUCAGUUUAUGUCACAUUUGCACAGACGCACACACCGUCAGGGGAGAUUAUGUUUGAGUUGGAUGAAGAUGAGCAGUUCUAUGUGGAUGAGGACAAGAGGCAAACAAUCUGGCGUCUACCGGAGUUUGGCCAAGUCUUUUCCGUUGAUACUCAGGGUGGGCUGGCCAAUAUUGCUGCCGGAAAGGAACACUUGAAUAUCUUGAUCCAGCGUUACAAUCACACCCAGGCUGCCAACGAGGCCCCCGAGGUGACGGUGUUUCCCAAGGAGCCUGUGGAGCUGGGCCAGCCCAACACGCUCAUCUGCCACAUCGACAAGUUCUUCCCACCGGUGCUCAACGUCACGUGGCUGCGCAAUGGGCAGCUGGUCACUGAGGGCAUCACCGAGAGCGUCUUCCUGCCCAGCACAGAGUUCCGGUUCCACAAGUUCCACUACCUGACCUUCCUGCCCACGGCUGACGAUGUGUAUGACUGCAAGGUGGAGCACUGGGGCCUGGAGCGGCCACUUCUCAUGCACUGGGAGGCCCAGGAGCCGAUCCAGAUGCCUGAGACGACAGAGACCGUGGUUUGUGCCCUGGGCCUGCUGGUGGGCCUGGUGGGCAUCGUCGUUGGCACUGUCCUCAUCAUACAGGCUCUGCGUUCCAGUCAUGAUCCCCGCGCCCGUGGGCCCCUCUGAGUUAUUACAGGUGAGGGUCUUAGGAUACAUGGAAAAGGAAGGAGCAU